AACACACCGCCAAAAAUCAAAACGUUCUCACAAGCCUCUCUCUCUCUCUCUCUCUAUAUCGUCUUUCUAAAGAGGCCGCCGCUUCAUUCCAUGUGAGGAUUCGAUCAAACCUCGCUCUCUACCAAUGACGCUUCCCAAGAAUAUCGAUUUUCACCAUCUGGGUCUCUUUCAAUUUUCAUCAAAAUCCAAUCUUGGCUUCGUUUUUGGGCAAUUUAUCUUUCUGGGUUCUUCAAAUUUUUUGAAAAAUUAGCGCCUAGUUACUGCUUUAAGCUUUUGGUAAUGGCGGACCCAAAGAACUUGGCCUGCCAAACCUGCGGCUUCGUCGGCCUAUCCAGCGAUUCCGACGGCUAUUUCUACUGCGAUCGCUGUGGUGCCCAAGCCGAAGACUUCAUCGAAACCGGCGUAGCAGACGAAGACUUCGUCGACAAAGGCUUCGGCGGCAGCGCCGUCUACGUCGCCAGCUUGAGCCGCCGCGUCGGCGGCAGCCAAGCCAACAUCAAACCCGAGCCGCUUUCCCAACCCGAAUUUGCCACCCCCAAUUCCAACCUCUUCUGGAACUCUCUGACCCAAAACAUUGACAACGAUGCCACACCCAUCAAAAAAGAGGAAGAGUUUUACGAAGCCGACGUUGAUGGGCCCACGGGUCCUGAGGAUUUCGGGGGUUCGGUGAAGGUGAAGCCUACCUUUGAAGACUAUUACAAUGAGAUUAGGAUUCGGUAUGUGUUGGGUUUGCAGUAUAUGAUACAGUUUCAGUGUGAGGCUUUGGUGAGAGAGUUCAAGGUGAGCCCUUUGAUUUGUGGGCUCGCUGGGACUAUUUGGAUGAGGUUUGUGGCUUGCUCUGCGGUUUUCGAUGAUGACUGGGCUGAUCAAACCAUUCAGAACUCCGAAAUGGAGCGAACAGACGAACCGGAAGAUCAUAAGCGACGAAAAUACCGUGAAGAACCUCAUAAUAUGUAUGGUCAGCGAGCAGUAAUGAUUUGGUACAGAUCCUUGAGGAAGAGGAUCCCAUUAUCUUGUUCUUUAGGUGUUUCAUUUCUGGCUUGUCAUGUUGCCAGGGAAGCAAUCCUGCCAACAGACAUGGUGAAGUGGUCACUCGAAGGGAAGGUUCCAUAUUUUGCUGCAUUUGUUGAAAUUGAAAAAUGCAUUGGACGUCCAUCAAGUGCCUGCCCUAUAAGUUCAAGAAUUAUGUUCGGACCGUCUCAAGCUCUUCCAUUCCAGAAGUUGGAAUCACUGGCAGCAAUAAUUGCUCAGUCCAUAGGCUUGGAUUUACCUCCAGUCAACUUCUAUGCAAUAGCUUCCCGCUAUCUGCAGAAGUUAUGUCUUCCUGCAGAAAAGAUUCUCCCUCAUACAUGCCGCAUAUCUGAGUGGUCAAUGCCUCCAGGUUUAUGGUUAUCAACAAAUGAGUUAAGGCUUCCUACUCGUGUUUGUGUAAUGUCAAUACUGAUUGUUGCGAUAAGAAUUCUAUAUAAUAUACAUGGUUUUGGGGUAUGGGAAAAGAGUUUGUCUAGUCAUGGUGAUUCAUCUUCUACAUCUAACCAUAUUGGACAAUUAGACCCAAUGUGUGAUUCCGAAAUGGGUGAUGAUGCUGGAGAGGCAUCCGAUUCUCCUUGCCAAGGUGCGGAUGAUUUAGGGACAAAUUAUUAUAGACACUCAUCACAGGUUCAGAAGUCUAAGUUAGAUGCUGCAGAGCUUCUGCGCAAGCUUGAAGCAAGAUACAAAGAGAUUGCUAACACCUACGAGUAUUCCAAAGACUUACCAACAUAUCUCCAGUACUGUAAGGAUGUGGUCUUUGCUGGAUUAGAACCAUCAUUUGAGGAUCAUGAUGAGGAGAAGUUAAUAGAAGAAUUCUGGGAUUUUUAUCAGAAUGAGAAGGAUUCUGAGCCGUCAGAGGAUUUUGAAGGGGGACAUCGUGCUUUUAACCAGAAGAGAUUGAGGGAUGAAGGAUUGGCUAGCCAUAUUUCCUUAGAUAAUAAGAGGACCAGAGAUGAAGGGUGUGUUAGUGGCCCAUCCUCUGAUGAUGGAACUUCUCACGCAGAUGAGUCACAGCCAGGCUUGGGUGGUGAUAAAAACUCUGAAUCCAAUGACCAAGCUUCAGCUGAGACUCUGCAAAGUGAAGCCAUCAGACAUUUGAAAUUGGACAUGGAGGAGAAUAGGUUCUAUUACAUUCCACCAAGGGUCAAGAUCAAAAGACUUGAUUACCUUCACUAUGUGAGGAAGAAGGAUGAAGGAGCUUACACUUAUGCUGCCCAUGCUGAUUAUUACAUACUGCUUCGUGCUUGUGCUAGGGUUGCACAACUUGACAUUCGGAUUAUGCAUACUGGGGUAUUGAGUCUUGAAAAGAGACUAGCUUGGUUGGAAAACAGAAUUGACCACUGCUUGCAUUUAACACCACCUAAUGUUUCUUGUCAGUUUUGUAGUGAUAUAGCACCAGAGCAUGCUGAUGAUGAUUCCAUAGGGCUUUCAAACUUAAAUAUAUAAAAGUUCAUUUUCUAUCAUAAACUUUAAUAUCUCAUUUAUAUGCCUGUUUUUCUAAUUCUUUUUACAACUACAAUCAAGCCCGUCUCAAAAUUUUGGGGUUGCCUACAUAUCCUUAACAGACUAAUCAGGAUUUACCGCAUGAUUAGUCUAAUUUUUUUUCUUUCUAAAAAAAUUGGCUCAGCCAAAUCCCUAUACAAUUAAUCUCACCGUCUGUUUGGGUAGGGUAGAGCUUGAAUUUGGGGAGAAGCCAGAAUUUAAGAAUGGCAUUUAUCAACUCCUUCAUUUGGAUAGAUAUUUUAAGAAAUUUGAAAUUUCAUGCCAAAAUUGGGGAGGCCAAAAUUACAGCUCCAAAUUAUGUGUAAAAAGAAGAAAUUCUGAAAUUGAAGGCAACGCAGGAUUCUCAAAUCACCAAAUGUGCUCAUGAAUUCAAGACCCAGUUAAAUAGUUUUGCAAAGACCUCCUUCACUAUUCAGUCUCUGUCUCCUUCAUCUUCGUUCCCCUUUUUUCUUCAGAUUCAAGCAAACCAGCAGCACGGUCAAUUGAUUAACAUGUAGAGCCGAUUCUUGUCUGGGGAGAUUUAUUUCAUUCAAAGGCUUCUCUUAUGGGGAUUUGUUUCAAAUUGCCGGUACCAAAUUGACACUAGACCACAAUGACCAGUGCAACUAUGAUGUUCAUCUGCUUCUUGGUGACCUCUCCUAUGUUGAUGGCCUGUAGCACCGAUGGGACACAUUUGGUGAGCUGGUGCCACCCCUUGCAAGUGGGAGACCAUGAUGGUUACAAAAGGGAUAGUAUGGGUUUGAUUCCUAUAAUGCUAGAUAGAAGAUGCCUUUGAAGUGAGUGGAUUGAGUUCAAAUCUUGAUUUUUGUUUUGAAUUCACAGGUAUUCAUGUCAUUAUGCUUAAUACAUAUAGGAUCAAAGGAUCAAGAAUAUUAAAAGUUAUGCCAAUUGUUAAUAGGCUAUAAGCCUACUAUUAGGUUGAACUUUUUGAAUUCUUUUUGGACACUAUAACUACUUAACAUUAUGAUCUAAUGCUUUUUAAAACACAAGUAUAUAUUUGAAA